CAAGUUGUCAUGACGUGAACCAUAUGAAAACUAAAACGUUACAACACAAUUGUACAAUAGGUAGAUAGAAUAUGUUAGGUUAGGGUGUGAAAGAAGAUAGAAUAGAGAAUUCAGAAUAGAAUUCUAUACACAUAAACACAUAUAUAUAGAUAGAAUAGAAUAGAAUAAGGUUCUCAAAAAACAUUGAAUACAACACUAUAAUAAUAUUUUUAUAUUUUUUCUGGUGCAAAUCUUUGGUGUGGCCAUUGGCCAAAGAGUGUAUGAGGCAAAGAUUACGUGGCAGCUAAGAUCCUUUGCUGACUUUUUGUUUCAAAAGUAGAUAGAUACAGAAAAUAAGAGACACAAACAUGUCUACUUUGAAUGUUUUCUCUCAACCAUUGCAUCCUACAAUUUCAUCUUCACUAUGUUGUUCUUCAAGUUUAAACAACAACAACAAUAACUAUGUUUAUUCAUGUCAAAAUUCUAAAUUAAGUUUCUUGUCCAAUUCUCAUAAUUUUUCUAUUCUUUCUUCUUCCCACUCUACCCCUACUAAGCUUUCUAAUUUCCACAACAUCUUCUCAAAGUCAGGCAAUGGAAGUUCGUGGCUGCAAAGUAGUGCCACUGCUUCCAACAGUGAGCACAAGAAGGGUGCUGUAUAUUCAACAUUUCCUUCAUCACCUGCCCAAGUUUCAUCUGUGCAAGACCUGUUUGAAUUUAUUUGUUCAGGACCUUUGCUUGACAAAAUCGGUUUGACGUCAGAGAAUGUGGCCGAGUCUAUAGAUAAGUGGUUAUCGUACGGUCUGCAAUUAUGCAGACUAUUUCAGCUUAAUGAAUUGUUCUUGACGGAACCUCAGAAAGUUAGGCUUUAUCAUUACUAUAUACCAGUCUUCCUCUGGUGUGAAAGUGAGAUUGCUCGGCAUCGAUCCCAAUUCAAAGACGAAGAAGAUAUUCCUCCUUUAGUGAUUGGAUUUAGUGCUCCUCAAGGCUGUGGAAAGACGACCCUCGUCUUUGCUCUUGACUUCCUUUUCCAAAUGAUCGGCAGGAAGUCGGCAACAAUAUCUAUCGAUGAUUUUUAUUUGACGGCUGAAGGUCAGAGUAAACUAAGAGAAGCUAAUCCAGGAAAUGCACUUCUCGAGUUUCGUGGAAAUGCAGGAAGCCACGAUCUUCCUUUUUCUGUUGAAACUUUGACAUCUUUAACCAAAAUGUCUAGAGAAGGUAUCAAGAUGAAGUUACCAAGAUAUGAUAAAUCUGCUUUCGGUGGGAGAGGUGACCGUGCUGAUCCUUCGACAUGGCCUGAAAUUGAAGGCCCCCUAACAGUUGUGUUGUUUGAAGGCUGGAUGCUUGGUUUCAAGCCCGUUCCAGAUGAACUCGUAAAGGCUGUUGAUCCCCAGCUAGAAAUAAUAAAUAAAAACCUCGAAGCUUAUUAUGAGGCGUGGGACAAAUAUAUAAAGUCAUGGAUAGUCAUUAAGAUUCAGGACCCAAGUUGUGUCUUCCAGUGGCGCUUGCAGGCUGAGAUUGCUAUGAGGGAGGCAGGCAAUCCUGGAAUGUCUGAUGAUGAGGUGCGAGAUUUUGUUUCUCGCUACCUGCCAGCAUACAAUGCAUACCUUCCUACACUUUACUCGCAAGGUCCGAAUGGAUCAGAUCCUCAACAUCUACUAACCAUUGAAAUAGAUGAAAAGAGAAACCCGAUCCUCGGUGUCUAGUUUAUCUAGAUAAUAGGACAUUGCUAGCUUUUCCAUUCUUUGAAGAAUCGAAACAGCCAUUCGGCGUUGAAAAUGUAUCAGCACUAUUUUCAUUGAAAUGUAUAGAGGAUAUUUUUAUUGACACAUAAUAAUAAUGCCUAAUGCUUUCUA